UGUGCUAGUGUCAUGUUGUCGCGUCGUAAUGCGCCGUGGGAAGUGGCCUAAAUUAUUUCCUCUCUAUUGAAUUUUCGCGAAAUUUAAUUCUAUGAAGAUCAAUGACCCAUUUUUUGAACCGUAAAAAAGCCGUGGCGGCCAUGGCUACACUCAUCCAAGAGAAUGGUAUUAAAGAGUUGAGACAAGCUACCCAUGGAGUAGUAACAAGUCAUGGCAUGUCCACCCACACACACACUGUACCUAGUCACAUGGUGCCCGAUCAUGAAUAUUGUGAAGCGGGCAAGCCAGAACAGGUCCCCCAGCAGUGCCUUGAAGCUGGGGACGCGAGCACACAGCAACCGCCCCCACAAGAGGAAGAAGAAGAGACCCCUGAAAUAGACAUAAUGAUAAACAAUGUUGUGUGUAGUUUUAGUGUUAAGUGCCACCUGAACUUGAGACAGAUUGCAUUGAAUGGUGUGAAUGUAGAAUUCCGACGCGAAAACGGUAUGGUAACGAUGAAGUUGCGUCGUCCUUACACGACUGCCUCGAUCUGGUCCUCCGGUCGCGUGACCUGCACGGGAGCGACGAGCGAGGACCAGGCUAAGAUUGCUGCGAGACGAUACGCGCGUGCGUUGCAGAAGCUUGGCUUUCAAGUGCGCUUCAGAAACUUCCGUGUGGUCAAUGUAUUGGGCACAUGUCGAAUGCCAUUCGGAAUAAGGAUCAUAGCAUUUUCCAAGAAAUAUAAAGAGGCAGACUACGAACCAGAGCUUCACCCCGGCGUUACGUAUAAGCUGUAUAAUCCUAAGGCCACACUGAAGAUAUUUUCAACGGGUGGUGUCACAAUUACAGCCCGGAGCGUGAGCGACGUGCAGUCGGCGGUGGAGCGCAUCUUCCCGCUAGUGUACGAGUUCCGCAAGCCGCGCACGGCGGCGGACGAGGAGCUGCUGCGGCAGAAGCGCGCGGCGCGCAACCGGCCCGCGCUGGCGGCGCUCUCGGCGCACGCGCCGCCCGAGCGCGGCGCGCCGCCGCAGCGGCAGAAGCCCGGACUCUGGUUUGGCAUCGAGCGAUAA